GACUCAUACAAGCAUCAAAAUUCAAAACAAUGGUUCUCCAAAUUAGCAUACAUGGUGCCUCCAGGUUUAUACAUCUAGCAAAGUGGAUCAUUCUCUUUUCUACAAGGCUACCGGAAAAUCUUACACAUGCAUCUUGGUUUAUGUUGAUGACAGUUGGAGGGAAUGAUCUAAAUGUGAUCACAACCCUUAAGAAGCUUUUCUAUACAAUGAAUUCAACAUCAAAUACCCGAGACUAUGAAAUUCUUCUUAGGCAUUGAAGUUGCAAGAAACAACCGAGGAAUUCACAUUUUUCAAAGAAAAUACUCUAUGGAAAUUCUUGAAGAUGCUAAUCUACUCAAUACAAAGUCUGUCACUACACCCAUGGAUUACAAGGUUCAUCUCUCUGGCUCAAAAUAACGAUCCCUUUCCAGAAACAUAAACACACAGAAGAUUGGUUGGCAAGUUAAUCUACCUCUCACUACAAUGUACAACGAGGCCUGACAUUAGCUCUCCCACUCAACAAGUAAGCCAUUUAGUGUCUAAUCAUACUCAAACACAUUCUAAGGAUGUUGCUCGAAUUUUGAGUUACCUGAAGUCAGCACUAUCCAUUGACAUGUUCUUUUCUUCCACUACUCCUCUUCACUUAAAGGCCUUUAGUUACUCGUAUUAGGUUUCCUGUAUCCACACACAUCCCAUCAUUACUAGAUAUUGUGUCUAUCUUAAAACUACAUUUGUCUUAUAGCAAUGCAAAAAACAAACCACCAUUUCUCGAUCUUCUUGCGAGGCAGAGUAUCGGGUCCUUGCAUAACUUGUGAUGUCCAGUGACUUGUAUCUGCCCAAAGACAUCCAGAUUCCUCCUCCCCAACCAGAACCAGCUACACUGUAUUGUGACAACCCGUCUACCAUUUACAUCAUCGAGAAUCCAACAUUCCAAGAACACAUGGACCAUACUGACUUCUCGAACCGUACUUGCUCAAGAAGCAAACUUGUCUUCAUCUACAUAUCUGUGAGGGUGUUUCCACCAUAAGAUACCCUGAAGAUGAAAUAUGAACAAGUAAGUUUCCAGUCUCUCAAAACUAAAGCAUUGUUACUCUCGCUAAUUGCUGACUCAAAAGUUACCGGUCCAACAUUUGCCACAAAGAAGAGUCGUCACACUUUCAAACUUCGUAGAACUUCAUUUUGUAUAAGGAUGAAUUAGUCAAAAUCCAAAGCGGAGGAGCUUAAUUGUAAGUGAGGUAAAGCCUAAGCGCUGAAUGUGAAUAACCCUCAAAUUCCCGUUGCUACCUCUUUUUGGAAGUUUUAGAACUUUUUUUUUUUUGAUGAAUGAAGUUUUAAAACUUGCAAUGCAAGGAGAACCUUGAAAAAGCAGAGCUUCUCCUUCUCUCCCUCCUCAACGCAAAAAACCCCCAGCAAAUGACUCCCUCGUCUGAAUCAGGGAGCCUAACGGUCACUUCUCCGCCGGUGAAUCCCCUGACGAAAACGACGAUCACCCACUCAUCCACUGACGACCCCCAUCACAAUACUACUGUCUCCCCAUCAUCCACUCCUUCUGAUACCAUACUAAUUCGCGGCGUCUUCGAAAUCCCAAUCGAGAUCGUUUCCGAAGAAGAAAUGGGCUUCUUCGAAGCAGCCCUUGCUGCGGCCCGUUCCAUUUCUCUUCCUUCUGUGGCUGCUGGUACUUCUUGUUCUACUUCCUCUUCCUUCCCCAGCAAGGCCAAAUCCAUCGGUUCCAUUACCUCCCUCUCCAAGCGAAGGCUUCCCACCGUCGUGGCCGAUAUCGAGGAUUCCGCCGGAAAAUCUCCUACCCACAAGAAGACUCGAGACGAGAAAUCCUUGUUUAUCAGGUUUCGGAAGGCCCGGGGAUUGUCUGUCACCGAUAUUACCGCUACGGAGUGGUGCGAGAAGCAAAUGGAGUUUGUCCUUUGCGUUGGUAAAAGAAGAGCCACUAAAGCAAUGAAAGCAGGUAGUGCUCGUCAUUUGAAGCUGGAAGAAGAGGUUAUUACGAAAGUUGCAGUUUCUGUGGAAUCAGCUGAAGAUGCAUGGGCUUUAAAGUUUCUGAAUUUCAUAGCCGGUGUCAACCAAUUGUUGUUCGAAGGUCUCACUCGGGAGCUUCCCAUAAUAGGCUUUGUUGAAGGUGUAUGGAUGGUGGGAAAGAUUGAUGAGAUCAGGAUGCCUGAAGGUGACAGUGAUAGGAACUUCAUGUUAGUUGACACAAAAACUCGAGUGCGUGACACUCUUCCUGCUGAACCUCAAAGUAGGAACGGAAGAUUACAGCUGAUGUGCUACAAGUAUAUAUGGGACACUUUGGUUGCUGGUAACUUCCCCACCCAGAAGUUCUAUGACUUCUUUUCUUUGAACCGUAAUGCCAUUUUGUCCGAAGAGAUUAGGGAGAAUGCUAAACAAGCGGGUAUCCCGGCUAAGACCCUGGAUGACAUUCUGAGAUUCUUCAUAAAUACCAGCUGUCUUUUCCUCCCAGCACAUAACCAAAUGUUACUAAGGUAUGAGUUGCAGAAGGACAACUCACUACUGUCUGAAGAUUUAUUCACAUAUGACCUUGAUUGGGUCAAGAGUCAAAUCCAGGCAUCCCUUGAGUUCUGGUUCAAUGAGCGAGAAUCUAGAUACGCACCAGAGGAUGAGCGUUGGAAGUGUCGGUUUUGUCAGUUCGCUUCUGCUUGCCCCACGAAUCCUAUGUCUGCUGUUGUAGCAACAAGCCCCCAAAAGAACAGUAAUAAUGACACUAUAAACGGUGAUCCUAGCUAGAUGAACAUUAGAUGAAUUCGGUAACUUUAGUUCUUAUGUAAGAGUUCAGAGAAUGCAGAAUUCAAUACUGAUUGGAUUGAAGCCACAGCGCUAGAUGAACAUUAGACGAAUUCAGUAACUUUAGUUAUGUAUGAGUUCAGAGAAUGCAGAAUUCAAUACUGAUUGGAUUGGAGCACAACGCUCUCUGUUUGUGUAGCUGUUAUAACAAAUUCCAUAAUUGUAAUCUUGUGUGAAGUAGACAAUGCUCCAUUGCCAACAAAUAUGAUUAUUUAUGGAACCAAUAAGCCCCCUUCUCUAUUUGCUUGAUCGUUUUAUGGAAGAAACAUGGAUUUCAGUAAUAGAUGCAUUGAGCUCAAGUACAAAAUUCCAUACAUGCAAGUUUAAGGCUAUGAAUAAAUACAUAUGAACUCUAGGGUUCGCCGGCAUAGGAUCGAAAGAAAAUGGGACGGUUACGGUAACGGGAGUGGGGAAGAUGGACGGUUGUCUUUCCCUGUUAUUUAUUUAUUGUUAUUAUUUUAUUUUUCUCUUUUUACUUUUUCUUCUUGAUAGCCAUUACUUGAUUCAUUUUAAAAUGGAUAAAAUUUGGCCAUACCCGGAGUUUUCCAUCCUCGACCUACGAACACGAAUCAGGUACGUGUGUUAAUUUUUGUAGACCUGCAAUCGGGUCGGGUUGGGAACUUCGGUUACGGGUCAGGUCAUGUUUGCUUGACUUAUUUCGGGUCAAAUAUUGAUCCAACCCAUUUGGUUUGGGGUUGGGUUACUGGUCAAAUAUGCGACUUAUUGAUUAUGGCCCUGCCCCUGUUGCCAUCUAUCCGUCAUGUAUGCACCCAGUUGGAUUCUUAAGCAGUUUGGUAUCGUUCGUUUCUUGAAUAAUUAUGUUCUAGUUUU